AAAAUUCGUUGCGCGCGUAACAACCUGACCAUUCUAAAGUUGGUGGCUACGGCCCUGAGCUAGCUCUCAUACUUGACAGCUGUAACUGUUCUAACUGCAUAUUCUGAGGCACAAGUGGCUGUGAGAGCAAGCUUGACUGUCUCCAUUGAUGUUCAAAUGACUGUUUUGCUGUGUUUGCAGUAAAUAAAUCAGUUGUUGACUGGUUGCCUAGUAAUUAUGGCUUAUAACCAACCUCAGCCUCGGGCUACGCCCUCGGCAUUGGUUGGUUAUAAGCCAUAAUUACUAGUCAACCAGUCAAUAACUAUAAAGUAUUCCAGCCUGUAUUCAGCUGAUUUCCCCACGGGCCUGAAACGUUCCCGUGGAUUUUUGGCUGUGUAGACUACUGUAUUGUCAGGGAGGAUAACAGAGCCUCCAGCUCUUACGCCUGGUCCCGGUUGAAGAAGAUGUUUAGUGGUGUUUGGUACUCCUCUAAAGACAUAGUUAAGCUAAAGCAAAGUUUUUGUUCUGAUAGUGUGUACUGAUAUCAAUCUACUACCGCGGGAAGUUCCAAUGUCGGCAGAUAACUUGCCCACCGCUCAGAUGUUGCCUAGCAACGAGAGCUCUCCUCAGAGUAGUAAUGAGAGUGGAGGGAAUGCUCACAUGACCAGAAAGUCAAGUGACCCUGGUCAUGGCUGCUCUGAUCCCUAUACUGACAGCAGUGGACUGAUGUACAAACACAGCUCACCCACGGAGAUCAUUGUCACUGAAGCAGCACCCGUCUUUAUGGGACAGAACCACAUGCACGGCUCUAGUGAUUACUUUAGUGAGCUCCCUGAGUUGGUCCACUCGAAGCCUCCUCUCGGCUUCCAUCACCAUAGUGAUGCUGGCGGGGAGACGGGGGAAGAAUCAAGCAUGAGUUGGCUGUAUGACUUCUACCCCGGCAUCUUCAGUUUUGACAAAAGUCAGAAAGUGUGGAGGCAUGUGAUGCCCUCUCUUGAGAGCAUUAACUUAUUUAAUCCCAAGGAGAAGUUGGAGUCGUUUUCUGGCCACCCCCCAACUCCCCCACAUUUGCACUCUGAACUUAAUUCUCAGUCCGAGGGUUUCAUUGUCACCACAUCCCAGCUUCCACCCUCGUUUAAGCCAGUCGGAGAGGUCAAAGGUCACACCCACGUGGUAGAGUUCACAGGGGAGUCCCCAACCACCACCAUCUUUAUGAGCCAGGAGAAGUACGAGGUGACUCUGGGAGCGCCCACGUCCAGUGCCCAGCGGACAAAUGACGAUACUCUCACCUACCUCAACAAAGGCCAGUUCUACACACUGUACUUCAAGGGAAACUCCAGUCUGCAACUCCCCUCUCUAGUAAAGACUGUGUUAGCUCUCACUUUCUUUGAGGAGCCUGACAAGAGAGUGGAGCACAGUCGCUGGCAGUACUGGUACAACAUGCAGCCCAACCCUAACCAGAAGGCAUUUGAUAUCGAUCGUAAGAGCUGUAAGAACAUUGAGAUGAAGCCAGACUCUGCGGCCAGUUUCACAUGGCACCCCAAGGUCGGGGCAAAGAUUGUCCUGCGUGUCAACUGCCUGAGUACAGAGUUCUCCUCGCAGAAAGGGGUCAAAGGUUACACACUUCAUUUUGUGAGUGAUACGUAUGAUGACAUGGCGAUUGAGAGCGCUGAGCCAGUGCACAGAGCCUUCUGUCGGGUCAAGAUAUUCCGGGACAAGGGUGCCGAACGUAAGAACAAAGACGAGACCAAAUACGUCGAGAGAAAAUUACAGAAAAUGGCCAAGCAAGUCAAACCAGGAGUGUCAUUGGAGACGGAGCUGGGGGCGUCGCUGUUCCACGCUCCCUCCAGAGAGACUGUGUUCACCUCCACUAGCACUCUCGGACCAAAGUCGUUCCUCUUCAUUCCUCAACAGCACCCUGACAUGAAUAGUGGGAUGGUGCGUGAUGAGACAGCUGCUACAGACUUCCUAGCCAGCAUCAGAGAUCGAGAAUCAAAGAGAACAUUUGGCAACACUCUAAGACAAACUAAGGAUGAAUUUGGUGCUCUGGAGAUGGACAAGGAAGGGGAGGAGUGUGAGGGGGCUCCCCCUAAGAAGGCUCCACGCAUCCGCAAUCGGAAAAUGAUGACAAUCUACGUGCGCAAGGAGGACGAGAAUGUGUACAAGGCUCUGAUGCUGGACUGUGCCUCUGUGUAUGAUCUCAAGCUGGAGGUUGGCAAGAAGUUUGAUGCCCCAGCUGACAUGAUACAGAAUGUGUACAAGAGAACUAAGAAGGGGCUGGUCGUACAGAUGGACGAUUCCAUGGUUGAACAGUUUCAGAGCGAGGAUGACUUUAUCAUUGAUCUAUCAUUUGACAAUCAGAAAGGCUCUUUUGAUUUAUACCUUCAUUACUGAGUAAACCCCCACCCACCCGCACACGCUGUUGUUAUGGUAUCUUUCUCUUACAUGUAUUUUUCCCUUCUCAAUUAUUUGUUGGUUUUUGUGCCUAUUUCCCUCAUCCGUCAUUACACACUCAUCUCAAAAUUGGCAUAUCAUUAUUAAUUUGUGAUA